CCUCGAGCUUCUCUCUAUUGUCUCAAACGCUCGAAGUGACAGCAGCCACAGUAGCGCUCAGAAAAACGGAUUUAAAGUGAACUGAAGCUAGAAGCUGGAGUCUGCAUCUCUGUGGUGUUUUGAUGCAAAACAGGAUGUGACAUCAUCAGUCUUAAGUCUUCUGCUCAUGCGGUUUGGGCAUGAGUGAGGAGCCCCAUCCUUAUUCGCCCGGCUGACCAAUCAGAAUGUUCGAGGUGAAGCCCAUGAGCGUGGAGAAGGAAACCGCUGCGGGAACAGAUGAGGGCAGUAAGGUGUGUGACAGGGGCGUCACUGGGUGUGGAGGGGAUUCGUUGUAUCUGUAUGAGGGUCAGGACUGGGUCAUCUCACCCUCCUGCUCUCCAGAGGAAUCCAGCGCCAUCUCGCCCAUGCUGGCAGAGGAAACAUUCCGCUACAUGACAUUUCUAGCUGUGGGUCCUUCCUCCUACACCUCCUCUAAAGUUCUGAGUGCUGAUCGGGUGGAGCAGAUGACCAAGACCUACAAUGACAUCGAUGUGGUCACACACCUACUGGACGAAAGGGAUCGGGAUCUGGAAUUGGCCGCUCGGAUUGGUCAGUCCCUGUUGCAGAGGAAUCACGUACUUCAGGAACGGAAUGAAUCAUUGGAAGAGCAGCUAGCGCAGACCGUAGACCAGGUUCAUCAACUUCAACAUGAAUUGGGAAAGAAAGAUGAACUCCUGCGCAUGGUCGCGAGCGCCAGCGAGGAGAGUGAGACCGACUCCAGCUGCUCCACGCCGCUACGCCACCCACCACCUGCAGGAUCCGCUCUCGCCCUCAGCCAGCUGGAGGCGCUACAGGCCAAACUACAAGAGCUGGAGGAAGAAAAUUUCUCUCUGAGAUCAGAGGCCUUUCAGCUGAAGAAAGAGACAGUCACAUACGAAGAGAAAGAACAACAAUUGGUGAACGAUUGUGUUAAAGAGCUACGUGAGUCCAAUAGUCAGAUAGUAAGUCUUACAGAUGAACUGUCUAAAAAGAACGAGGAUUUACUGAGACAUCAGGAGGAGAUCGCGCAACUCCUCUCACAGAUCGUAGAGCUCCAACACAGAGUCAAAGAGUUGGCGCUUGAGAAAGAGGAGUUGAGAAUUCACCUUCAAGCCUCAAAGGAAGCCCAACGGCAACUCACUGCUGAGUUGAAGGAGCUGGCGGACAGGAAUGAUGAGUGUGUGGGAAUGUUACAUGAGUCUCAAGAGGAGAUCAAGGACCUACAAAGUAAGAACACACCGUCUGCAAGCCUGCGCAGACACAUGCCUUAUGGACUGUACCCAAUGGAUUCUUUGGCAGCUGAGAUUGAGGGCACAAUGAGGAGAGAAAUGAGCGUAGAGGAAGAAAUCGCAUUUCAGGACCAGAGGUCAUCCCAUAAGCGAGUGUUCCAGACGGUCCGGUCUGUGAAUGAAUCCGUGAUGAGAGCGGCAGCCGCAGUGUCUCCGAUCCCUGGCUCAGCCCGCAGUGGCAUUGUCAUGACCGCAGUGCCCUUUCAAUCACACACACCAAAUACAGAGGAGGGAGCUGCAGAUCUGGACACCACCAAAGAGAACUCACACCUGGGUCAGCCUGGCACUCCGGGAGGAAAUGACCUUACGUCUGCCCUACAUCGCCUCUCUCUGCGGAGGCAUAACUUCCUGUGUGAACGACAGUUCUUCCAGUCCGAGAGAGAUCGGAAGCUUCAGGAACUUAUUGCAGCAGAGUCGGAAGGGGGCGGGAGCGGCUGCAGUUCACCAGUGGGAAGCACCGUUUCUUCUUUCACCAACCUAUCAGAAUUCUCUAUCUGUUUCAAGACCUUUCUGCCUGAAAAACUGCAGAUUGUUAAACCAAUGGAAGGUUCUCUGACUCUUCAUCACUGGCAGCAACUUGCUAAACCCCACCUGGCCACUAUUCUCGACCCCCACCCAGGCAUAGUUACCAAAGGCUUCCACCCUCUUCCUCAGGACGAUGUUUACCACCUGACAGACCUUGAAGAAGAUGAAGACCAGGAGAGGCCACCAUGGGAACAGAAGAGAAAGGGAGAGGAGGCACAGGAUGCAAAGCAGAAAGAGGAAGAUGAGGACGAGGAAGAAGGAAUCACAUUUCAUGUGCAGUCAUCGUCCACUCCAGAUGAGAGGAAGGAGAGGAGGCAUGUCCUAAACUCAACUAAUGUCCUGCCUCUUCCUGUAUCCCUCAGGAGCUCCCCACUGCCCAUAGCAACAGCCAUUUCCUUAGCAACAGCAGUUAAUCAAACAGUCAGCUCAGCACCUGCAGUAUCAGGCUCAGCAGCUCCCAAUUUUGACCUAAAUCUCGGUACUAAAGCGCCCUCUACAGGUGUAAAUCCUGGAAAAUAUCAGAGCUCCACCUUUUCCACGUACACUUUUACUACCUGUCGGAUCCUGCAUCCUAGUGACAGCACACAGGUUACGCCCAGCACUGCCUGCAGUCUGUCUGUGAGUGACAACACACCGAGUUCUCUUCGGACUGGUCCGAGUACACCUGUCACACCCUGCAGACUGAGUUUGGGUGACUCCUUCCCCAUUCGCCGCCCUGCAGCACCCCCUGGUGGCCUUGCCAAACUCCUGCUAGAGAAAGGCAUUUCUGCUCAAGGUCCCACCGUUGUGGCGCCGCCUAAAAAUCCUCUUUCUCUGCGUCUUCUCCCAAGCACCCCCCCUAACUCACCCUCCCACUCCCCAUGCUCCUCUCCCGUGCCCUUCGAUUCACGAUCCACCUCGUCUGACAACUUCCUGGCGUCCCGUCCUGCCGAACUCUUCCUGCAAGAUGUUUACGGGCUUAAACUCGGCCGUGCCUCAAGACCAGAUCUCUUAAGGCCGGAACGUUCCCCUCAAGAGCAGUCAACCAAACCUGACCGUCACGGGGUCAACCUUGUAGAGCAUCUACGCAAGCUAGGCUUGGAUAAAAAAGUGCGCCAAAGGGCGGAUGCUGACGGUGCCCAUGCACUAGAAUCUGCCACAUUCCUUGCAACAGGAGGAGGCAGUUUAUUGGAUGGACUUCGGCGUAAUCAAAGUCUCCCUGCCAUGGUUGGUUGCCGUAGUGCAUCUGCCUCCAGUCCAUCCUUUCCUGUCCUGCCCCGACACCCUACUUCCCUGGCCCUUCCCACUCCACCGUGGGGGAACCUGAACGAACCACGGCCCUCACGUAGACACGCCUCCCUUUCUCAUGCCCCACCCUCUCCGCAUAAUUCAUAAGAAUGUGGGAGUGGCCUCAAACAGUAAAAAUGAUAAAUCAAUGCCAUUUUUUGGUGACUCUGACUUCAUAUCCUACAUAUUUUUAUUAAUACUGUCUAUUUCCCCUCCUGCUUUCCACAAAACUGAGAGAGAAAGAGGCUGAAAGAAAUUUGAAGAUGAAACUGGGUUGUUUUUAAAAGCACAAUAAUGAAGUAAAUGUGUCUUGUUGCCAUGUUAAUGUUGAAAUGAAGAUUUUAAAGGCCUUAUCAUAGCACUCGAGAGGAAAUACAGACCUCUAAUCCCAAUUUUCCCCUUAAACACCAUCUUUUCAUCUUUGCUGUUUCCUCUCUUUCUUUAUUGUCAAGCCUUUUGUCCUUUAUUUUGUCUGAUUAACAUAUCGUUAAACCUUAUUUUCUGCCUAUUAACUUGUGGAGGUGUGUUGUUUUAGAUGCUUCAGGAAAGAGCAAGUAUGUGGGGAGGGAUGACAGAAGGUAGGAAAGUAAAAAGGAAACAAAGAAUGAUGGAUGGAAAGAAGGAAAGAAAGCAGGACAGACAGAAGUAAGAAAACAGGAAGGAAAUAUCGGAAGCCAGAAGGAAGAAAGUAAAAAAAGCAGGAAGGAAGGAGGCAAGAAAAGAAAAAUCAGGAAGGUAGGAAGGAAGUCUAAAGGAAUGUUAGAAGACUGGAACUAUGAUGGUUUCUGUAAGUUUAUAUAGAAGAUAGUGUCACUUUGAUUUAGUCUCCUGGUGGUUUGCAUGUAGAGUGUCAAAGGUGAAGUGUGUAAAGAAGAUUGGCGUAAUGAACGCACAUAGGAAUGGAAUUUAGGAAGUACAAAUAGAAGGUUGCAUCUCCACAGCCUCUUUUUAGGGGUCUUGAUUCAUUCAGAGGUUCUCCAAGUAGUUAAGCCAUCUGUCUCACACUACAGAUGGAUGAUACCUCUCAGAUGUUUAGUAGAACAAAAACCUAGCUCUUAUAUUGUUAAUCUUUGCAACAUUAUAUCCAGUUGUAGGUGCCAGAUAGAUUUAUAGCUGUCUGAGCCAUUAUGUCCAUCAUUGUGCUAUAAAAUGUUUACGUCCUACGUACUGCCAGCAUGCUAGUGUGCCUGAACUAGCUAUUCCUCACCUGUCCAAAUCACGUAUUUAUUAAUUUGCACAGAAUUAAUUGGUUUUCGGUAAAGUUGGUGACGAAAAGAACAGAUCUGCAACGCUCAGGAUUUUAUUGACUUUGGGUUUGUACAGACUUUAUUCCGUCCUUUUAAACUACUUGUAACCUUGUUAUAAAUUGUUUUAUUAUGAUUGUUAUUUAAAAUAAUAUUCAGGGACUGUGUAUUUAAGGGAAUGUGGUGAUUGGUUCAUAUGUACACUAGAUGUGUGAAAAGGUUCAAAGUGAUGCGCACAGAUUUAACACGUUUGUAUUGGUUUAACAUGGUUGCAUGUCUAACUGGAAUGGAAUUGCUCUUUGAUUUUCUGAUUCCUAUAAUCAUUUAUUUGUUCUGUUUUUGGUUUUUUGUAUCUUGAUUAGGCUACGUGUCAAUUUUAGGUCAUUCUUUAUUGCCAUUACAUCCCUCAAUAAUCAAAAAUACAAAUUAAGUUUUUAGUGAUAAAAUACAUCAAAUCUUUCUCUUUCUUAUCUGACAGGCCAAGAUAACCCCUUUUAUUACAGUACAUGGUCUUGACUUUGACCUUUUGAACCCUGAGUGAAUUGUUCAGUGGCCCCAUGUGUGCUUCCUCCUCAUUGUUACUUAUACUUUCCACUAUUUUCUCAUUUUGUGCACUUUUAAUUUUCAAUUAAAUUCAAUUAAAAAAAAUGUUGUAAAUAGACAUUACCCAUGUUAUCUAUCAAUACAGUAAAACUAGACUAUAAGGUAAUGCGUAACUUGAGAGAUAAUUAUAUUAUUUACUAACCUAUUUCAUAUAGGAAUGAGAGAUUAAUAUAUAUCAUGUUUUUUGGUGGAGUUUGAGAAGGGACUCAACUCACAAAGACCUUGUAUAUGGGUUAAAACCAAGAUUAUUUGUCCAUUAUGUCUGAAUUGUAAUUUUUAUAAGCUAAAAUUGUGUGUCUGUGUGGUAAACUGACGUUUUUGUGUUUUGUAGUAAACAUAAUGACAGCACAGGGAAAAUAAAUAAGUCUGCUUUAGAAACUUGUGUUCCAGGUGAGACAUUUGUGAGCUUUGUUAGAUGCUGACAAACAAGAAUACAAACUAAGCUAAAUGUGACUUAAAACUAUGUUUAUUGCAUAACUUAGGGCUAUCCGUCACUAUUUGGGAUCAAAUCAUACACAUUUUUUAGAAUUAUACCAGCAUGCCUGCUGCAUAUACUGUAUACAAUGACUGCUUUAUGGUACUGCUUAACGCAUGAAUUGAGUAUCAAAGUGUCCUUACUUCCAUCCUGCUGUCCAUGUUAUCAAGCUCUCUGCUGCCGUUCAGGUCAAAGGUUAAUGCCUUGAAGAUGAUGUCAUAAGCACCAAGUGAUUACUUUUGUGCUAAUGACAUAGUUAAUAAAUAGUUCUAGUUAGAUGAAAAUACAGUAGUAACCAUGUCCGAUGUGUUUUCCUAUGUGUUUAGCUGCUUUUAGAAUCCUGUAUCAGCAUCGUUUUUGUUUAUAUAAUAAAACAAACAAAAAUCAA